UUGAAGCAAAGAAAGAAAUCCUUUGCUUCUCAUUUCGCUCGCCAAAACCAACUCCUCAAUCAAUCCUUUGGCUUUGAUUCUUCUCAUCGAAUCCCCACGGCUAUAAAGUCGAGAACCCAAAGCUUCCUUUAGCCAUACCUUUCCGUUUUCUUUUGCGUUCUUUCUCUUCGUCUUCCUUGCUUUGUGACAUACAGCUUUCAACAAGUCUCCCUUGAACGUAGCUUUGUUCUAAUGGCGGCGCCGGUAGUCAACAAGAAUUACUUGAAGGAGAUUGAAAGGGCUCGCCGAGACCUUCGCGCUCUCAUCUCAAGCAAAAACUGCGCUCCCAUUAUGCUUCGUUUGGCUUGGCAUGACGCUGGAACUUACGAUGCUAAAACGAAGACAGGAGGACCUGAUGGCUCCAUCAGACAUGAUCAAGAGUUAAAGCACAGUGCAAAUAGUGGUUUGAAAAUAGCCGUUGACCUUUGUGAAGAAGUAAAGGCCAGGCAUCGGGUGAUUACAUAUGCUGACCUUUACCAGCUUGCUGGAGUUGUUGCCGUUGAGGUUACAGGAGGUCCUACUGUUGACUUUGUUCCAGGCAGGAAGGAUUCAAUGGUAUCUCCUGAAGAAGGGCGCCUUCCUGAUGCCAAUCAAGGAGCACGACAUUUGAGGGACAUUUUUUAUCGGAUGGGACUAUCUGACAAGGACAUCGUGGCACUAUCUGGGGGCCAUACAUUGGGAAGAGCACAUCGUGAAAGAUCAGGUUUUGAUGGUGCUUGGACAAAGGAGCCUUUGAAGUUUGACAAUUCAUACUUCAAGGUGCUGCUGGACAUUGAGUCCGACUCAGAUCUACUGGAACUACCCACGGACAAGGCUCUGGUAGAUGAUCCUAAGUUCCGCUACUAUGUUGAGCUUUACGCUAAGGAUGAGGAUGCAUUCUUCAGAGAUUAUGCAGCGUCCCACAAGAAACUCUCUGAGCUAGGCUUCAUUUCACCUUCCAGGUUAGCUUUGAAGGUAGCUGCGGGAGUUGUUGGUGCUGCAGCUGUGGCAAUCCUCAGUUUCUAUUAUGAAGUUCACAGGAAAUUCAAUUGAGUGACUUGACUCACGAAGGCCAUGGAAAUAAGUUUCCAAAUAGGAAAUUGUAGAUGCAGUAUUGCAAUACUUCAUUUAACUUUUCACAUGUCAAUGACACAAGUGCAUAAGACAAGAGUUCCUUUUGUCUUUUUCCUCAA